AUGGCUGAUAGACUUGACGCGUUGGAAUCGUAUAUAAACGUUUCUGAUCUCGAUUCUACAGCGUUGGAUUCGUUCACCAGAUCCGAUCUCCAAAACAUGGAAACCUUUUUUGUACAAUUAUCUGGGGGUGUUUUGCCGUAUAUCGACGAUGCUGGCAUCACAGGAGGAUUAUCUAAUGCGGCUACACCCGAUUCAACUGGUUUCGAUGUGGGACUAUCAACUUUGGGUAGUGACAUGUUACCUUCAGAUUCGGUCAUUUAUCCUACGUUGGGAUACGCGAGUGAUGCCGUUUAUACGCCAGAGAGUUUACACGAAAGAGAUGAUGAGGAGACACCGAUUGUGCCAAGCACUCAUUUAAAUGAUGUAACGGUCAAUCCAAAUGAUCUUAAUGUUAACAAGGCAUAUUUGGCGGGUGGUCUGAUGAGCCCACCUGAAGAGACCCACGAGUAUGCGCCACAGGGACUUGAUGAACCAAACUUUAAUUCGUUAUAUCCGACAAUGACAAACAUUGACCUAUUCGACAGUACCGCUACGGCCGUUUCGGGCUCUGAAACAAUCCGAAUUAUGAAAAUGCCAAACCCAACGGUCGCUACAGAUGCUCAUGUGCAACACUACAUUACUAACAUGAUACUAGAGCAAAAACCCAACCCGGGAUCUCAAACGAAAGCAAAGGAAGGUGUUACGCCAACACCUAAAAGUCGUGGAGUUACAAACGUCAAGGUUGUUAACGUUGCCAAAGUUGAUGGUAAGGGUGAUACGAAGAAUAAUGACAUCGAUGCUUUGAGUUCAAAGAUUGCGAAAUUGGAUUUGGAAGACGAGAAGAAGGGCAGCCAUGAAAGGCAAUUGGAUGCAGAUAUUAGAAAGAAGCAUGCUGCUUUGAUUUAUGCGUUAUAUCAAAAGAUUCACAAAUUGUAUAUUGAAAUGGAGGAAAAAGAAAAGCUUGCGAUGAAUAAGGAAACCCGUGCAAGAGAGGUCUUUGUUGAAUAA